ACAUACCAUUUCUUCUACAUUCCUCCCCCAACGCGUAUAGACUUCGCGCUCCCGCCGCCCAUUUCUUCUGUAUUUUCGGUCUGUCCGUGUGUCUGUAUCAGACAUUGUGUUCUUGUAAGCAUCUCUCUGCAAAACAACAAAGCUAAAACCCACAAAAAAAAAGGGAAGAAAAGUCUCUCUUCUUUAAGAGAAGCAAAGGAGUUUUUCUAGUUUAAUGGCAAAAUCAAAGAACAAUGCAAAGAAAGUUUCAUAUAUUUCUGUUCCAUCACAAGUAAUUAACACUUUAUCUUCUUCUUCGCUGCAAACUCUGCUUCUCUCACCAAAGAAACCGUCAAGGAACAAGUUUUUUAGCUGGAGUUCAUAUAGGAGUCCAAGAUUUUGGUUCUUUGCUCUAUUUUUCUUUGGUUUUCUGGGUAUGCUGAAUUUAUGGUUUGAUCUUGACCCUUUAGUCCCUUUCUAUCCAUACCCAUGUGUCACAAGUCAAACUCGGGAGAACUCGUUCUCAAAUGGGUACUCAAGGUCACAACUUUUUUUCCCUUCACAUGGUGGAACAGAUAUUAAAGAUCAAGAGGGUGGGUCUGAAAAUGAUGAAGGGACAAAAUCUGAGGCGGGUUUGGGUCCAAAAAAUGAAGUAAGCAGUGAAAAAGGUGUAAAAGAUGAAAUUUUGAAAAACAUUGUUCAAUCUAAGCACACAGUAUCAAAUAACCAUGAGAAAUCGAAUGGAGAUGGAGAGGGGAGUGAGUUUUGGAAGCAGCCUGAUGGAUUGGGCUAUAAACCAUGUUUAGAUUUCAGUGCAGAGUAUAGGAGAGGAAGUGAGAUGAUUGUGAAGGAUAGGAGAAAGUAUUUGCUAGUGGUAGUUUCUGGUGGCAUGAAUCAGCAGAGGAAUCAAAUAGUAGAUGCUGUGGUGAUUGCAAGAAUCCUUGGCGCUGCUUUGGUCGUUCCCAUCUUGCAAGUCAAUGUCAUAUGGGGAGAUGAAAGUGAAUUUUCUGACAUAUUUGAUUUGGAGCAUUUCAAAAGAGUUCUAGCAAAUGAUGUGAGGAUAGUUUCAUCAUUGCCAUCCACACAUAUAAUGACAAGGCCAGUAGAGGAGAAAAGAACUCCUCUACAUGUUUCCCCUCAAUGGAUCCGUGCACGCUAUCUCAAGCGACUUAAUCGAGAAGGGGUUUUGCUUUUGCGUGGUUUGGAUUCAAGGCUCUCGAAAGAUCUUCCUUCUGAUCUUCAGAAACUUCGAUGCAAGGUGGCAUUUCAUGCAUUGAGGUUUUCUCCAUCAGUUUUGGAGCUUGGCAACAGGCUUGCAGAGAGGAUGCGCAGAAAGGGACCUUACCUUGCUCUUCAUUUACGAAUGGAGAAGGAUGUAUGGGUGAGGACUGGGUGCCUUCCUGGAUUGAGUCCUGAAUAUGAUGAGGUGAUCAACAAUGAAAGAAAAAGACGGCCUGAACUUCUUACUGGAAGAUCAAAUAUGACUUACCAUGACAGAAAACUAGCUGGUCUCUGCCCCUUGAAUGCCUUGGAUGUGGCAAGGUUGCUUAAAGCUCUUGGAGCUCCAAAGGAUGCAAGAAUAUAUUGGGCUGGAGGGCAACCAUUUGGCGGUGAAGAAGCAUUGCUACCCUUAACAAGAGAAUUUUCUCAUUUCUACAAUAAGGAAGAUCUCGCCUUGCCUGGUGAAUUAAAACCAUUUGCAGAUAAAGCUUCCUUGAUGGCUGCCAUUGACUAUAUUGUCUCGGAAAAGAGUGAUGUUUUCAUGCCAUCUCAUGGCGGAAAUAUGGGUCAUGCUAUCCAGGGACACCGGGCAUACGCAGGGCACAAGAAAUAUAUUACCCCAAAUAAAAGACACAUGCUACCUUAUUUUCUAAAUUCUUCUCUUCCUGAAGCAGAGUUCAACACAAUAAUAAAGGACUUGCACCGCGAAUCCUUAGGGCAACCGGAACUGAGGAAUAGCAAAGCUGGAAGAGAUGUCACAAAGUAUCCAGUUCCUGAAUGCAUGUGUAAUGAUUCACGUACUCAUUCCUCUUUGUGAUUGAGUGCCGAAGAUUGGCAACAUAAAGAUCAGAAUGCAAGUUACAGAAAUCUGAUAAAGUGGCAUUUAAUCGACAAAUCCCUUGAAUCUGAGCCCUUAAGAGAACAUGAGAUUCAUAGUAUUCUGGGGAAUGAUGGCUCCAAGAAGUUACAUUUCUGAAUAGCAGAAGCAGCAAAGACACUUUCUUGGAAGUAAACUCAAUAUUUAUGCACUUGUGUGUAUGUACUGUAAAUUAGAGGCAAGAUAUGUAUAUUUAGGCAAGAAUGAUAUAUUAUACGAGAGUCAAUUUUAAAUUCUUUAUAGUUUAUAGGCAAUUUUUCUCCUGAUUAGGAUAGAUUUUUUUUAUUAUUUAAAUUCAUUCUUUAUACUUGUAUAUGUAUAAUAAAUAAUCUAAAUUCAUAGUUUAUCAAA